CCCACUAUCAUUUCCCUAUUGUCCACUUUCUGCGUUCAUCUCUCUCUUCUCAUCGUCAACAGUCUUCAAUAGUAAGACUUCUUCCUCUGCAUCUUUCUCUCUUUCUGUGCCUCCUCAGAUACUCUCGAGACUGGAGACCGGAGGAUCUCAUUUACUCCACCUUCAACCAUGUUUUCAUCAAUCACUGAAGCUGUGAGGGAUUUGGAAAAAGGAUCAAUGAAUUCGCCAAGGAGUUUAAACUCACCAUCGGAGCCUUCGCCUACACAGGCAACAGCUCCUGCACUUGUUUUAUCGAAUUCAGGCAAACGGAUCGAUCAAGCUGGGAAGAAGUAUGUAAAACAGGUGACAGGUCGACACAAUGAUACGGACCUUCAUUUGGCAGCUGGACGAGGAGAUCUAGCUGCUGUGAAGCAAAUACUUGAUGAUAUUAACUCUCAGAUGAUGGGAACUCUUAGUGAGGAGGAAUUUCAUGCAGAGGUUUCAGAAAUUAGGGCAUCUGUUGUUAAUGAAGUGAAUGAAUUGGGGGAAACUGCUCUUUUUACAGCUGCGGAUAAAGGUCAUAUUGAUGUUGUUAAGGAGUUGUUGAAGUAUGCUAAUAAGGAUAGUGUAUCGAAGAAGAAUCGAUCUGGAUUCGAUCCUUUACAUAUUGCUGCUAGUCAGGGCCAUCAUGCCAUCGUCCAAGUACUACUGGACUAUGAUCCUGGACUAAGUAAAACUAUUGGGCAAUCAAACGCUACCCCCCUUAUCACUGCGGCCACAAAAGGGCACACUGCUGUAGUUAUUGAGCUGCUAUCUAGGGAUGGCAGUUUGCAUGAAAUAUCGAGAUCAAAUGGGAAAAACGCAGUACAUUUAUCUGCUAGACAGGGGCAUGCUGAUAUUGUGAGGGCAUUACUGGAGAAAGAUCCACAGCUAGCAAGACGAACAGACAAGAAGGGACAAACUGCUUUGCAUAUGGCUGUAAAGGGGGUUAAUUGUGAGGUCGUGAAGUUGCUUCUCGAUGCUGAUGCUGCAAUUGUGAUGCUGCCAGAUAAGUUUGGGAAUACUGCUCUACAUGUCGCCACAAGGAAGAAGAGAACACAGAUAGUGAGUGAGUUGCUACGCCUACCCGACAUAAACGUGAACGCUCUAACACGAGAUCACAAAACAGCACUAGACAUCGCGGAACAACUUCCCCUGUCGGAAGAAUCAUCUGAAAUCAAGGAUAGCCUUUACCGAUACGGAGCGGUGAGAGCCAACGAGUUAAACCAACCAAGAGACGAGUUAAGAAACACAGUCUCCCAAAUAAAGAAAGACGUUCACACCCAGCUCGAACAAACGAAACGCACAAACAAGAACGUCCACGGAAUCGCGAAAGAACUCCGAAAGCUCCACCGCGAAGGAAUCAACAAUGCCACCAACUCCGUAACCGUCGUCGCCGUCCUCUUCGCCACCGUGGCCUUCGCCGCCAUAUUCACAGUUCCCGGAGGGGAUUACGACAACGGAGCUGCUGUCGUGGCGAACACGGCCUCGUUUAAGAUAUUCUUCAUAUUUAACGCGGUGGCAUUGUUCACUUCGUUGGCGGUUGUGGUGGUACAAAUUACGCUCGUGAGGGGGGAGACUAAGGCGGAGAGAAGGGUGGUGGUUGUUAUUAAUAAGCUUAUGUGGCUGGCUUCGGUUUGUACUUCGGUCGCGUUUAUGGCUUCGUCGUAUAUUGUGGUGGGGCGGCAGCAUGAAUGGGCUGCGGCUUUGGUUACGGGAGUUGGGGGGUUUAUUAUGGCGGGAGUUUUGGGCACGAUGACUUAUUAUGUGGUGAAAUCGAAAAAGAGUCGGUCCAUUAGAAAAAGGGAGAAGCAACGGAGCGGGUCGAAUUCAUGGCAUCAUUCGGAGUAUUCUAAUUCGGAUGUUGAUCCCAUUUAUGCGCUUUGAUCUUCGUCGAGAUCAAUUGUAAAUCGGGAUUUGUAUGAAUGUUUUAUUUGAAAGUUUAUAAAGUAGGUGAAAAUUGUUGGAACAUUAAUAUAUUUCAAAAUAUAAUAAAUUAAGAUCAUGUUAUUUGACAUUAAUAAAUGCAAGUUCUAUGUUUUUUUAUGCACUCA